UUUUAUUUUAUGAUUUUACAUUACCGAAAAAGGAGCUUAUUAGAGUCGUCUUCUUCCUACAGAUGAACACAGUAUUUUCGAGUGGAGCCAAUUCUGUACACAAAUCCCUAUGGAUUCUAUUUAAACUUCUUCUCAACAACGGCGCACACUAGUGUUUUUCUUUAUCCUACGCUUCGCUUAUUAGUUCUUCAAUUUUGCCUUUAACUUUACAGAACUUGGCGAAACUGAGUGUGGGCACAAACCAGAAUGGAUCCGUGUCCUUUCGUGAGGCUCAGUGUCUGUAAUUUAGCGUUAAAAAUUCCGGUUGCUUCGAAGCCGGCUCGUUCCGUCGUGCAUCCGUCGUCGUCGUCGUCGCCGUGUUUUUGUAAAAUCAAGUUGAAGAAUUUUCCUCUCCAGACGGCGGUUGUACCGUGCAUUUUACCGGAGAGUCAGUUUCCGGACAGUCAGAUACAAAGUCAUGCGGCGAGUUUUCAUCUGAACAAGUCUGAUCUCGAAAAGCUGGUUGCAAAGUCUCUGUUCGGCGGCGGGAAGUUGUACCUUCAAAUCUCAAUUUACACCGGCAGGCGAGGGUCGACAUGUGGUGUGAACUCUGGGAGGUUGCUAGGGAAGGUUGAUGUACCGUUGGAUCUGGCGGGAACGGAAUCUAGGUCAGUAUUAUUUUACAAUGGCUGGAUUGUGAUAGGAAAGGAAGCGAAGAAUUCUAGUGCUCAGUUUCAUCUGAGUGUUAAGGCGGAACCCGACCCGAGAUUCGUGUUUCAGUUCGACGGAGAACCGGAAUGCAGUCCUCAAGUAUUUCAAAUUCAAGGAAAUAUUCGUCAACCUGUUUUCACAUGCAAAUUCAGUUUCCGUACCCCCGGCGACCGUAAUCAGAGGUCCAGGUCUUUGCCAUUGGAGCAUAGUAGUUCACGAGGAUGGUUAAGUUCGUUCGGAAGCGAAAGGGAGCGACCAGGGAAGGAGCGAAAGGGAUGGUCAAUUACAGUCCACGAUCUCUCCGGUUCACCAGUCGCCGCUGCGUCAAUGGUUACACCUUUCGUAGCCUCGCCCGGUUCAGACAGGGUAAGCCGGUCCAACCCCGGCUCAUGGCUAAUUCUCCGGCCAGGUGACGGAACAUGGAAACCAUGGGGUAAACUGGAGGCGUGGCGCGAACGUGGUUCAGCAGACGGGCUUGGCUACCGGUUUGAGCUAAUCCCAGACUCAGCCGCAACUGGAAUAGUGCUAGCCGAGUCGACAUUAAGCUGUAGCAAAGGUGGAAAAUUCGUGAUAGACCUUGGAACGAGCGUGUCAACUAAUGGGAAGUCGACACCUGUGAACUCGACGUCACCGGCGUGUAGCCCUAGAGGAAGCGGUGACUUUGGGUAUGGAUUAUGGCCUUAUUGUAUGUAUCGAGGUUUUGUGAUGUCGGCUAACGUGGAAGGUGAAGGUGGAAGUAAGUGCAGUAAACCUACAGUGGAAGUUAGCGUACAACACGUGAACUGCACGGAAGACGCAGCGGCAUUCGUGGCUUUGUCAGCUGCCAUUGAUCUCAGCAUUGAUGCUUGCAGGCUUUUCUCUCAAAAGCUUAGGAAAGAAUUGUGUCCUUCUCAGGAUUUACUUUCCUGAAAUUCUUUCAACUAUUUUUUCUCAUUCCUUUUUUUUACUUGUGAGUGGUAAAUGGUGGCGAUGAGUUUUAGAUAUCGUCGGUCACUAGUUGAUUGUUAGUAUUACUAACGAACAUUAUUAGGCUGUUUUCUUCAAUAUGUACAGAGAUUGUGGGGGAUUUGACUGACAGAGCACUUUUUUUGCCUUAAAUUGGGGUGUUGCUC